UCUGUCGUCUCGGUCAUUUCGCAGCAUCCUGUCGGACAGAUCUGAGCUUUUCUUGUCUCCUCUCUCCCUUCGAUCCGCUUACCACAACGCUUCGCCCUGUGGUGUUUUUUUUCUCCCUCUUUCUUCGCGUUGUUCCCGACUUGGACCCCCCGCCGCUGCACCGCGUCGCAGGCCCCCCAAGACCGUCCCCGGCGCUCCCAAGGCUCGGACAAAGGCCAGCUGUCGUUGGCGCAGUCACGUGCCCCGCGAGUACCCACUGUCGCUGACGGGCUACGGCUUAGUUGGCCUGAGUUUGACGAGAGCGCGGGUGCGUGUGUGCGUGAGAGAGAGUGGGUGCCGGUGUGCGUGUAUGCGUGAGUGUGCGUGUCCGUCUCUGUGCGUGUGCGUGUUGCGUGUAGAGCGAGAGAGACGCAGAAAGAGAGAGAGAGAGAGAGAGUGUGUGUGUGUGUGCGUGCGUGUCUGUGUCUGAGUACACCCGCAAGCGCUCUGCCCGUCUGCUGCUUGCGUUCCUCGCUGCCACACCGAAACCCACCAUACCACGACCCUCCCCCCCCCGGCCUGGCCUUUCUCCAGUACACCAAAAAAGCACGCAAAUUCCCUUGCUGCUUCAGACAGCACCGAAUCACAACCACAACCACCUCCCUUCCUCCCUCUCGAUCGCCGCCGUGACCAUGGACGUCAACGCGGUGCUUGAGGCCACGCUCUCGCCGAAUGACGAAAUUCGAAAGAACGCAGAACUGCAGCUCACCCAAGCUGCCGAACAGGAUUUUUCCGGAUAUCUCACACAUCUCUCCAAUGAGCUCGCCAACGAGCAGGCGAGCCCUACGAUCCGCCAGGCCGCCGGUCUGGCUCUCAAAAACUCGUUCACAGCCCGAGAGGUAGGCCGGUUGCGGCAAGUGCAGGAGCAGUGGCUUUCGCAGGUCGACCCCAACGUCAGGCAAAAUGUGAAGCUGCUCGCGCUCAAGGCCCUGGCGUCCGAGAACUCGGCCGUGGGCAGGACCGCCGCUCAGUUCGUGGCCGCCAUCGCGGCCAUCGAGGUGCCGCGGAAUCAGUGGCCGGAGCUGAUGCAGACGCUGGUCGAGAACGUGGGCACGGGCGCGGACAAGCAGAAGCAGGCGUCUCUGACGGCGAUAGGAUUCAUCUGCGAGACGGACGACGUCGAUCUGCGCGAGAGCCUGCAGCACCACUCCAACGCCAUCCUCACCGCCGUCAUUCAGGGUGCCCGGAAGGAGGAGCCGAACAACGACGUGCGGGACGCCGCCAUCACCGCGCUGAGCGACUCGCUGGAGUUUGUGCGGUCCAACUUUGAGAACGAGGGCGAACGCAACUACAUCAUGCAGGUCAUCUGCGAGGCCACCCAGGCCUCGGACACGCGGGUGCAACAGGGCGCCUACGGCUGCUUGAACCGUAUCAUGGGCCUGUACUACGACAAGAUGAAGUUCUACAUGGAGAAGGCUCUCUUUGGCUUGACGGUGCAGGGCAUGCGCAGCGAAGAGGAGGACGUCGCCAAGCUCGCCGUCGAAUUCUGGUGCACCGUUUGUGAAGAGGAGAUCUCGAUCGAGGAUGACAACACACAGGCACAAGCCGAGGGCUCGACCGAGCUGCGGGAGUACUGGAACUUUGCGCGAAUCGCGACGGGCGAGGUCGUGCCGGUCCUGCUGGAGCUGCUGGCCAAGCAGGACGAGGACGCCGCGGACGACGAGUACAACAUCUCGCGCGCUGCCUACCAGUGUCUGUCCCUAUGGGCCCAGACCGUGGGCAACGUGAUCAUCGCCCCAGUGCUGCAGUAUGUGGAGAAGUUCCUGCGCGCCGAGGACUGGCACCACCGUGACGCUGCCGUCUCGGCAUUUGGCGCUAUUCUCGAAGGCCCCGAGGAGAAGAUGCUCGAGCCCAUCAUCAAGCAGGCUCUUCCCAUUCUCAUUGCCAUGAUGGACGACCCCGUCAUCCAAGUCAAGGACUCGGCCGCCUAUGCGUUGGGACGAGCGUGCGAGUGCUGUCCCGAGGCCAUCGAGCCUGCUGCUCAGCUGCAACCACUCAUCACCGCCCUGUUCAACGGUCUCGCCAGCCAUCCGAAGAUGGCGGCGUCUUGCUGCUGGGCACUGAUGAACCUCGCCGAGCGCUUUGCCGGCGAGCCAGGCUCGCAGGAGAACGCUCUCACCCCACACUUCCAGGCUAGCGUUGCCGCGCUUAUGCAGGUCACUGCCCGUCCAGAUGCGGACGCGUCGCUUCGCACGGCCGCGUACGAGGUGCUCAACUCGUUUAUUACAAAUUCGGCUGGCGACAGCUUGCCUCUGGUCGCUCAAUGCUCGGACGAGAUCCUCAACCGACUCGAGAAGACGAUCCCCAUGCAGUCCCAGGUCGUCAGCGUCGAGGACAGGCUAACGCUCGAGGAGAUGCAGACCAGCUUGAUCAGCGUUGUCAUCGCCAUCAUCCAGCGCCUCGAGGUCGAGAUUCGACCCCAAGCAGACCGCAUCAUGCAGAACUGCCUCGCUCUGCUCAACUCCGCCGGGCCCAAGUCAAGCGUUCCAGACGCGGUCCUCUCGGCCGUGGGUGCGCUUGCGAACUCCCUUGAAGAAAGCUUCCUGCCCUACAUGGAUGCCUUUGCCCCCUUCCUGUACAAGGCUCUCGAAAACCAAGAGGAGCCCAGCUUGUGCUCCAUGGCCAUCGGCCUCGUGUCCGACAUCACUCGUGCCCUCAACGAGAAGGUGCAACCGUACUGCGACGACUUCAUGAACCGACUGCUCCACGCGCUCGGCUCCCAGACGCUGGGCAACACUUUCAAACCCGCCAUUCUGCAGUGCUUCGGCGACAUCGCGCAGGCUAUCGGCGGUGCCUUCGAAACCUAUCUGUCCGUCGUCGCCUCCGUCCUCAGCCAGGCGGCGGGUGUCAGUCUCGGAGGUUCGUCGUCCUUUGAGAUGCUGGACUAUGUCAUCUCGUUGCGCGAGGGCAUCAUGGACGCGUGGGACGGCAUCGUGGUCGCGAUGAAGGUUGGUGGCAAAGUAGCGCUGCUUGAGCAGUAUGUAGAGCCGAUCUUCGCGCUGCUGAAGACCGUGUGGCAAGAUCAGAACCGAAGCGAGCCUCUCAUGAGGAGUGCGAUGGGCGUCAUCGGCGAUCUCUCCGAGGCCUUCCCGAAUGGCCAGCUUGCAAACCGAUUCCGUGAAGACUGGCUCACGCUCAUGGUGAAGGAGGUGCGCCUCAACCGCGAGUACAGUGACCGCACGAUCCAGACCGCUCGUUGGGCGAAGGAUCAGAUCAAGCGACAGAUUGGUAGGUUGAACAGCUUUCUCCAGUACUAUCGACCACACCCCUUGUAUUCCGCUCGCAAUCUCAGGGACGGGUCAUCUUUCCUUCAAGGCGACGUCGACAUGCUCUUCUAAAGGGGAGCAGUCUCUCGGCUUCAACUCUUCUCAACCACACCAAAUCCACCCAAUCGUCAAGCAUCAUCUACUGACCAGCGUUUUCUUUUUAAUCCACAACAGGCGGGGUUUCGGGCACCAUGUCUUAAGAAACCCUUUUUGCGCACUCCAGUUCCCCCACCCCUCCGUCAAUAUUGCUAGCCUUUGCUAGCGUGGACACUCAUACACAGGGAUGAAAGCACAGUCUAUCGAGCUUGGCCGAACGGAAGAUUUCUCGGUCGACUGAACAGUUUCUGGUCCACCAAGCUAUACGACGCACCUAGCCUCCCUCGCCGUACAUCGCCGCCGACCAACUCGAUUGUCGCACUGGCCGACCUGGAUCGAACCUGCGUCGUCAUGCGCGUUGACUCCGAACCGCCCCGAACCGUCCCUCGCCGCCGCCUGAGCCCCGAUCGUCGCCGCCACCGCCCACUCGUCCCGCUCGAUGCCGCACGCCUUCACGCCUCAUAGCACCUUCACCGCACCCGCGUCUUGAUAUUGCCGCCGCCGGAGAGGCACGGCAUCCGUCCCCAACCCGCAAAGCUCUUCGCUACGCUCCUCUCACCUGGAUCACAACGCCCCAGCACGUUAACGCGAGGCACACACGUAUCCGGAUACGUAACACCGGAGCAACCCCACACUCAGCAAACAGCACUAGCACAGUACGCAACACGCAAUAUGAACAGCAUAGACGGGAGAUGGGACCCUUUUUUUUCGCCUUUCUUUUUUUUUGGUCUUGCAAAUCACUUCCAUCACAUUUUGCCCUUGCACGAAGAUUCCCCCAUUCCCCUUUCCCUUGGCCCCCAACCAAAGCGACUUCGACCACUGUUCGGUUUUUAAUCACAUUCACCAUCAACACUGCCCACGUGUAUAAAUAGCAUCUGAAAGAAGGCUCCGGUUUUCCUCUGCUCUGGGAUCUUUGGGUGGCGUUUUUUCUUUCCAGCUUUUUUUUUUCUUUUUCCUUUCUCAUGUCUUGUCUGGGGUCUAUGGAGGCUUUGUGGUGGUGAACUCUGGAAGAGUGAGGGGUAUAAAAAUGGGAAAGAAGGCUGGUUGUCACAGCCUUCUGCAAUUAGAGCGGUGGUGUCGGAGAGGAGGUGCUGGAAAUGUGACGUUUUUUCUUUCCCUUCCCCCCCUUUUUUUUCUUUAAUUUUACAAUUCAAUCCCAUGACAUAUAUUUUAGACCAGAAGAUGCCAAGACCAAAGGGCUCCUGUUUU